UUAACGUCCCCAUUCCUUGAUAGAUGCCGAGCGACCGAAGGCGCGUCUGCCAGGAGCGGACCAGAGCUCUCUGAAUUAACACGCAACACCGCCCCAUGUGUCAGUUUUAUAUAUCUUGUUGAAUUCGAUCCGUGACUCUGAGUCGGGGUUCACCCCGCCGAAGCGAUCAAAAACAACAACCACAACAACAACAUGCCGGUUCGUACCGAGUGCUGUGUUGCUUCAGCAGCGGCCUGUGUGUCCUCGGCCUCUCUUGUUCCGCCGCCCCCAAUCAACACACAGCAGCCCGGCGUGGCCACAUCGCUCCUGUACAGCGGCUCUCAGUUCCACGGCCACCAGAAGAGCAAAGGCAACUCCUACGACGUCGAAGUGGUUCUACAGUACGUAACGAUGGAGGACUCGUACCUGUGCGGAUAUCUCAAAAUCAAGGGGCUGACUGAGGAAUAUCCCACCCUGACCACUUUCUUUUCCGGGGAGAUCAUCAGUCAGAAACGGCCUUUUCUAACCAGGAAGUGGGACGCAGAUGAGGAUGUCGACCGCAAGCACUGGGGCAAGUUUCAGGCGUUUUAUCAGUAUGCAAAAAGCUUUAACUCGGACGACUUUGACUACGAAGAACUCAAGAACAGCGACUUUGUCUUCAUGCGGUGGAAGGAGCAGUUUCUAGUCCCAGACCACACAAUCAAAGACAUCAGCGGUGCUUCCUUUGCUGGUUUCUACUACAUCUGCUUCCAGAAGUCCACAGCCACCAUCGAGGGUUUCUACUACCACAGAAGCUCUGAAUGGUACCAGUCACUAAACCUCACUCAUGUUCCUAAACACAGCGCGCCAAUCUACGAGUUCCGGUGACACUAAAGCCCUCUCAGGGGGAAACUUUGAACAGAGAUAAAUAACAAAAACACUGGUCUCAAGGGAACGAUGCAGAACUGCCUAAUCAUGCCAAGUACUCAGUCAUUUUCUCUCACAACGGAGUGAAUGACAAAGACGGACAUGCGGAAGGAAGAAAUCUUCAAAGGCCAUAAGCAGAUCGUUGUGAUGGAUUGUAGGAUUUACAACAGCGUAUUUUUUUGUUUUAGUUUGUUUUUGGAUUGUUUCGUUUUUUUUUCUCCCAUUAUCAUUACUUUCAUUUUGCCUCCAGGUUUUUAAAAGCCUCCAUCUGUCCUUUUGCCAUCUUAAUUAUUGAAACUUUUUAGCCUGUGUUUUGAGAUUCAAAUAUCUCUUAGUUUUCUUUUUCCACACACGUUUAGCAUUUAAGGUUUUUUUGUUUUGUUUUGUUUUGUUUUUCCACCAGGGCAACUGGAUCAUUAGGCCAGAAAAAAUAUAGAUAACUAAAUGCAUGUAGCCAAAUUCUUUCCAAUCAGACUGUCUGAAAGCAGCUGGAUGUCUUUGAGAGAGAUGAGGUUUAAAGUGUACAUCAUUACUACACGCCUCAGUGACUUGGGCAUCGGAGUCUGUGUUUUCCGAGGUGGGAAGAACCUAAGAAGGAUCAGAAUGAUGAGGUGCUUUAGUUUGUUAGAGAGAUUGAAUAUAAUUCUAUAUUUUCUAACAAAUCUGAUUCAGAUGUUUUGACAGAGAUAUUUUAUAUCCCAUGUUACUAGUUAGAAGCUGGUUAGGCUGAGCAGGUUUUUUUGGGGGGGUCAGGGAUAAGCAGCUUUUGAGAAAAGCUAACCGACAAUAUUUUCUCCAUUUUUCGCUAUGCAACAUAAAAAUCUUAGCUCACCACUAUUUCCCCCACACAUUUAUUUUCAACACACCACUGGUAGCAUUUUUCACAUAACUAAUCACAACCAAAUGAGUAUUGCUUGGCUUGAUAAUCGGCUUAUCAGCUCGGACGGACGGGAUGAUUUCUAAUCCCGACUGCAUGACGAUUACAGAGUUCAAGCUGAGUGUUAAUGUGCAAACAGGUGACAACGGCCUGAUGGCAAACAAAUGAAAGUUGUUUUUUUUUUUUUUUCUUAACCGGCUUUCAGGUAGCAGGCCUGGAGAUACAUACAUUAUAUAUUGAAAUACAUAUAUAUAUUCUAUUACUAGCUAUAACUAUAAGAUAAAUUGUUCUGUUCUAAGCUGCAAAAAAAAGUUCAAACCUGCUUCAGAGAUUUUUAAAGCAGAGAUAGAAGUUGUGAACCGAAACGUUUCAAGUGUAACAGAACUAAAUACCUGUUGCAGAUAACUACAGCUUAGUCCUUUUAAGCUUUAUUCAAACCCUUUUGCCUUAAAUGUCAGCUGUUUGUAUGUUAUGGUUUUGAAAGUGUAGGAAUGAUUCCGGACAGGAAAUGCAUUACGUAUUGGUGUUGGAUUGUGUAAAUAGGUCGCUAAGCAAUUGCUGAGAGAAAUCUAUUUGCACACGGUCACAAUACUCGGACGUACAAUACAACGUGAUCGGUCUCACUCCACGAUCUACAAGCCCCAUUUGUGUUUAGAGCUUUGUUGUUUUUUUUUGGAAACAGAAGAAGCAUCUAUGAUCUGAGCAGAACAAACAGUAGAUCUUGGUUUGCAUACAUUUAAUCCCAGUUUUAUAUUAAGGCACCAAUUCAAUGUCUUUCCCGUAACUGUAUUCUUUUAGAUACAAAAGAAAAUGCACACUUCCUCAUAAUCAGCACACUGAGAUCACCGUAUCAGUCAUAACCGAGGAGCUUCUGAUCGAGAGCCGCACGUGACGGACUACAAGCGUUUGAAGACUGUUUUAUAAAAAGAUACAUGCAGGAAUGUAAAGUGAAAUGUUGACCCAAGAGUGGUAUAUAUAAAUAUAUAUAUAAUAAAAGUUUGUGAUGUAAAUGGCCUGCUUCCUUCUAAACAGCAUUUUAAUUGCUAGAUAUAAAAAUGAUAAAAGAUUUAUAGCUAUUUGAAGAUGGAAGUGACACCUGCUUAAGACUACAUGCUUGGGUUUUCACCCACCAUUGAAGACUUCUGCAUGGAGAACAUGACCCAGGAUCAGAGUUUACGUGCAGAACAAACAGAUGAGCUUUGUUUAAUUUGCAGUGAAAUAAAAGAUGCUGUUCAAAGA